GUCUUGGCUACGUAUUUGACAUUUGAUUAUUCCUCACAAAAUAUUCGCUGAUAAUUCACAACUUCGAUUGAGUUAGAUUGCUGCUGCUCAACGAUGGCUUUGAAGUUUUAAUGUGAUCAAGGUAUUCUUAGACCAAUUUUCAUUCAGAAUUGAGAGCAUCCCACAAAACUCGUAAACCCAUGAGAGUAAUUUCAAGGUUGUUGCCGCGCCUGAAGCGACCUUCUUGUUCGUCCUGUCUCACAUCUCUUGCAUCCAGAACUAGUUCGUCUGUAAAUUCUUCGUUACUGCUCAAUGAUUUCACCAACUUCUGCUACAACAGAGACCUUCCCAGAGCCAUGCGAGCCUUGGAAGCCAUAGAAAGGCACAAGGUGUGGGCAGAUGCGAUCACCUAUUCUGAGCUUGUUAAGUGUUGCUUGGCUCGUGGGGCUAUCGGGGAAGGUAAGCGUGUUCAUAAGCACAUUUUCUCGAAUGGUUAUGAGCCAAAGACGUUCUUAAUCAAUACUAUGCUCAACAUGUAUGUGAAAUUCAAUCUCUUGGAAGAAGCACAGGUACUGUUCGAAAAAAUGCCUGAAAGAAAUGUUGUUUCAUGGACGACUAUGAUAUCCGCUUACUCUAAUUCUAAGCUCAAUGAAAAGGCCUUGAAUUUUUUUAUUCUUAUGCUUAGAGAAGGCGUCACGCCUAACAUGUUCACGUUCUCUUCUGUUUUAAGAGCUUGUGAGAGGCUGUCUGAUGUCAAACAACUGCAUUCUAGUAUAACUAAAGUAGGAUUGGAGUCUGAUGUGUUUGUCCGGAGUGCUCUUAUUGAUAUUUACUCGAAAUUGGGUGAUCUGCAAGAAGCAUUAAAUGUUUUUAAUGAGAUGGUGACCGGAGACUCCGUUGUUUGGAAUUCCAUCAUUGGGGCUUUUGCUCAGCACAGUGAUGGAAAUGAGGCACUGUACCUUUAUAAAAGCAUGAGAAGAGCUGGUUUUCUUUCUGAUCAGUCAGCACUGACGAGUGCUUUGAGAGCAUGUACUAGUUUAUCAAUGUUAGAAUUAGGACAGCAGGUCCAUGUUCAUGUUCUGAAGUUUGACCAGGAUCUGAUCCUCAACAACGCACUCUUGGAUAUGUACUGUAAGUGCGGUAGUUUGGAAGAUGCAAAGUCAAUUUUUAAUCGGAUGAUGGAGAAGGAUGUAAUUUCUUGGAGUACCAUGAUUGCUGGGUUAGCCCAAAAUGGUUGUAGCAUGGAGGCACUUAAUUUAUUCGAGUACAUGAAAAAGUCUGGUCCAAAACCAAACUACAUCACACUUGUUGGGGUUCUGUUUGCAUGUAGUCAUGCAGGGCUUGUAAAUGAAGGUUUGUACUACUUUCAUUCUAUGAAGAACCUUUAUGGGAUUGAUCCUGGAAGAGAGCAUUAUGGUUGCAUGCUUGAUCUUCUUGGAAGAGCUGGGAAACUUGAUGAUGCAGUUAAGUUAAUCAAUGAAAUGGAUUGCAAGCCAGAUGUGGUGAUGUGGAGGACUUUGCUUGAUGCAUGCAGGGUCAAUCAAAAUAUGGAUUUAGCCACAUUAGCUGCCAAAGAAAUACUAAAGCUGGAUCCACAGGAUACAGGAGCCUAUGUACUUUUAUCUAACAUCUAUGCAAAUUCAAAAAGGUGGGAUGAUGUUGCAGAAGUUAGGAGAAGUAUGAGAGUGAGAGGUGUGAGGAAAGAACCUGGAUGUAGCUGGAUUGACGUCAAUAAGCAGAUACAUGCUUUUACUUUGGGAGGUAAAUCGCACCCUCAAAUAAAUGAGAUCAACAGACAGUUGAAUGAACUUGUUGCUCGACUUAUUAGUGUUGGUUAUGUUCCUGAGACAAAUUUUGUCUUGCAAGAUCUUGAAGAGGAACAGGGAGAAAAUUCCCUUCGAUACCACAGUGAGAAAUUAGCAAUUGUCUUUGGUAUCAUGAAUUAUCCUAGGGAGAAAACUAUUAGAAUAGGGAAGAACCUAAGGAUAUGUGGAGAUUGUCAUUUAUUUGCAAAACUUGCAGCGAAGCUAGAGCAGCGGCAUAUUGUAAUAAGGGAUCCCAUAUGUUACCAUCAUUUUCAAGAUGGGAUCUGCUCUUGUGGUGAUUAUUGGUAGUACGAGAGGUGUGCUAUUCUAUGCUAUAAGAGAUACACAACAAAAAAAAUCCAGCAAUCACUGGGGCCUCGUACCAAAUGAACAACCAGUUCUUGUUAAUAAAAAGUGAAGCCUGUAGAAGUGGAUUUUGUGCUCAGGAAUGUAUUUGAUAGAUUGACUUACAAGCAGAAGGCAGCAGUGAUAUUCUUGGCGAUCAGAGUAAAGCUAAAUGAUUUACUUGAAGGUACUAUUUUCUUUCACCUCCUCUUGCAAUCUAUUAUAUUUUAUUAUCAUUAUUUAACAAUAACUGCCCUUUAUUAUUAUUAUUUUUGUUUAUUCAAGCAUGCAAAGAAAAAUUUUCAAACUACAAAAUCACAUUUUCUCUUCGCAUUCUUCCCAUCUUAUUCUAUGAAUUAGUAGUCUAGAGAAGGCUGUGGAAGGCUUUAGUGAGGAAAGUGGAAUAGAUAGCUUCACAUUCCAAAGGCUUAGUUGCAGACAAAGUACAAUGGCAUCAUGUAAUGCAUGUAAUGGACUCCACCUAGUGAAAUAAGACUUGAUUGUAUUCUAUGAAUUAGUGCUCAAGAAAUUUUGUGUAUGUGUUUGUGCGUGUUUUUUCCUCCCCCUUUUGGAAUACGCUGGGCUAGCUAGCUCUCUCUCUCUCUCAAACAGCUAAAAUAUUACAGUUUUUUUUUUUUUUUUUGGUGGGGGUUUCAACAUGAUCAAGCAUAGGAAACCAACUCAAGUGGUGAGCAUUUCUUGCCUUCCAAUAUGCAGACAGCAUGUAUUCACUUGGGGUACACCUUCACUUCCCAGUUUUUCUCAAGCAUUCCUGUAAUUCUUCAAUUGAGGUCAACAUAAGGAUGAUUUUUCAUCACAGCAUCUGAUCACAAGGUUGAUGGCCUCUAAAGAAUCACAGUGCAAACAUGAAGACCAUAAAAUGAUUCCCCAAACAUCCAGAGCUGUAAUAGGAUAGUAUACCACUUUGCAUCCAUAGCCUACCAGCUAUAUAUCCUCUCCAUAGGCAUCACUUCCAUUCAAAAUGACAGAAUUCUCAAUGUCCAAUCUGACCGUGCAAGUGCAACCCUUGCAAGGGUAUCCAAUACCAAACAGCAAGACUUGGUUAGAUUGUUUAUGAUUCGGUUUGAUCUUGUCUAGCUGUAAACCUGGAACGCUUCUAUGAAUAUCUCAUCUUCAAUAUUUAAACCUGAAAUUUUUUGUGCA